AUGUUCGGUUUCGGCAUGCGGCCCGAGGGCCUCGUCAUCGGUAACAAGCGCGUUCAUUACGCUUGGGUGAUCGUCGGCGUCGCCACGGUGAUGUGGAUGACCAGCUCCAGCAUGCGCUUCGCCGUGGCAAUCCUCGUGCCGGAACUCGAGGAGCUUUUCGGCUGGAGCCUCACGGUCAUCACCGCAGGAUUCACUGUCCAAUGGCUGAUGUCGGCGGCGCUGAGUCCUAUCUGCGGAUGGCUGGGCGACCGUUACGGUGUGCGGCGGGUGAUGUGGGGCGGCGGGCUGCUGUUCAUGCUCGGCAUGGUCAUGACCGGCAUCAUGACCAGUUGGUGGGAAUUUUACCUGUACUUUGGCCUCGUGCUGGCGGCGGGCAUGGCCGCCUUCCAGGUCACUCUGGUCUCCGGCGUCACCCUCUGGUUCCGCAAAAACCUGGGACUGGCUAUGGGCAUACUGCAGGCCCUGCAGGGCCUCGGCACCGGAUUGGCCAUCCUGAUGGUGUACCUGCUGUACGAACGGUACGGGUUGCAGGUAACCUUCUGGGUACCGGGGAUCGCCGGUGGUUUCAUCCUCCUGACCCUGACCAAGUGGUUCUAUAACGAGCCGGCGGACCGGGGCAUCACCCAAUGGGGAGCACCCGACGACGAACCGGUGCGCCGCCUCCAGAACAACGCCAUCGCCAAGCUGCGCACCGGCGUCUUUCUGAAGCAGGUGCAGAAGACCUCCGCGUUCUGGAACUUGGCCACCAUCCACGGCCUGGGGUGUGCGGGGCACAACAUCAUUCUGAUCCUGCUCGUUGCCAUCGCCAUCGACGACGGUAUUUCCAGUGGCGUGGCAGCGAUGGUCUACCUGUCCCUCACUGUGGUCAGCACCGCCACCCGUUUCGCCACCCCCGUCAUCGCCGAUAUUGUCGGCAGCAAGGUGGUCAUGGGCAUCUGCUUUGCCCUCCAGACAUUCCCCAUUCUGAUUCUGUUCGUUGCCGGCGACAGCGUGUCUCUCUACUUCCUGUUCGCCGUGCUAUUCGGCAUCGGGAUGGGCGGAGAGAUGACGGCCUUCCCCGUCAUCAACCGCCAGUACUACGCUGACGCGCCCACCGCCACAGCGUAUGGAUGGCAGAUGAUGGGCGCUGGCCUCGGUAUGGCGUUGGGCCCGGUGUCGGCGGGAUUCCUGCGCGACUUCACUGGCUCCUACGUUUCUUCUCUUUGGCUGUCUUUCGGUCUCAGCGUCUUUGCGGUCGUUGCCAUCCUGUUCCUGCCCAGCACCAAGCGCCUGCAACUGCCCAACUGGGAGGAGGCCUUGCCACCGGAGGCCCGCACCGGCAUAGCCGCUGCCACGAUCGCACAGCCCCAGUCCACCGCGCCCUCCGCGCAGCCCGCAGGCGCCACCGGCGACGGGGACGGCGACGGGGACUGACCACUGCCACCACCAAACUCCGGCCAUUCGCUCCCAAGUGGGGAGGAUUCCCCGCAGGGCCUGGCCAUCUCCGCUACGGAGCUGAGCAGCUACGCCGGCUUCAACUUUUGCAGCCGUUGCGCAU